UGAAUGGUGAUUUGGCAAUAUAAAAUUGAAUCAGCCUCACCUGUCGGCAAUAUAGAUCCUCUUUAUCUCUUUGCUCUAGUUUCGAAAACCAAACCCUAGCUGGAAUUCAAUCAACACCUCCAAUUCGCAAAUUGCACAAUUCCACUUCCAACGGGUCUCAAAAGCCGAGGGAGUAGGGGCCUAAUCCAGAUCUUGCGACGCGCACUAGAUUCGAACUCCAAAUCGAGUCGCAAGAUCUCUCGGCAGACCCGUUAGGAAUCCAACGAUCCUCUGCCUGAAAUCUGACUGUAGAUCCUGGUAUCUGCAUCUGAAGCAGCUCCGAUCGCUGGCACAUUUGAUUUCUACUGCGGCGAAUGGGCGCUGGUAGGGUUUACAGAGGUGGCUCAGCUGACGGGCCAUCUUCCUCCAUCUCUCCUUCUUCAGCCCAACCGCCGUCGGAGACUGCAUCGACUUCCGUGACGCAAACGGUGAAUGGCUCGCACGAUUUCAAGAUCACGGGCUACUCGCUGUCCAAGGGGCUGGGGAUCGGUAGGUACAUCGCUUCAGAUGUGUUCAUGGUUGGGGGCUACACGUGGGCGAUCUACUUCUACCCGGAUGGUAAGAGCCCAGAGGAUGGUGCGUCUUACGUAUCUCUAUUCAUUGCGUUGGCCAGCGAGGGGACCGACGUGAGGGCGUUGUUCGAGCUGGCGCUGCUAGACCAGAGUGGGAAGGAGCAGCACAAGGUUCAUAGCCACUUCGGCCGUAAUCUGGAAGCCGGACCCUAUACCCUCAAGUAUCGUGGGAGCAUGUGGGGAUACAAGCGAUUUUUCAAAAGAACUGCUUUAGAGGAAUCAGAUUAUCUCAAAGAUGAUUGCCUCUCAGUUAGAUGUAGUGUUGGUGUAGUCAAAUCACAUACAGAGGGGCCAAAGGUUUAUGACAUUCCUGUUCCACCGUCCAAUAUAAAUGAGCAUUUUGGUCAGCUUUUGGAGAGAGUUGAAGGCACCGACGUUAGAUUUGAUGUUAAUGGAGAGGUUUUUAAUGCACACAAAUUGGUUCUUGCAGCUCGCUCGCCUGUGUUCAUGGCCCAAUUUUAUGGUCCAAUGAAGGACCGGGACAAGGAAUGUAUAAAGGUGGACGAAAUGGAAGCACCGGUUUUCAAGGCUUUACUCCAUUUCAUUUAUUGGGAUGCCCUGCCUGACAUUGAGGAGCUUACUGGUCUUAGUGCAAAGUGUGCUUCUACAUUGAUGGCACAGCAUCUUCUUGCGGCUGCUGAUCGAUAUGCUUUGGAAAGGCUUCGGUUGCUCUGUGAGGUUAAGCUUUGUGAGGAUGUUGCUGUAAACACAGUUGCAACUACCUUAGCCUUGGCUGAGCAGCAUCACUGUCAGCAGCUUAAAUCUGUUUGUCUCAAAUUUGUUGCAUUGCCUGAUAAUCUGAGAGCCGUCAUGCAGACGGAAGGCUUCGAGUAUUUGAAAACUAGCUGCCCAUCGGUUUUGACACAACUUUUGGAGUAUGUGGCGAGGACUGGAGAGCACUGUGCCGUUACGCAUGACUAUAUUUCUCAAGCACUUGAUGGCGGUGAUGCCAAUGGAAGGCGUGUCAAGCAGAGGGUAUAGUAUUUGCCAAUUCUACCUCAGGCAUUGGUAGAAGCUCGUGUAAUCAGGAGAUCUUGUUUGGAAAUAAAUUUCAAUGCAGUGGAAGCAAAGCUCGCAAGUCAGAAGAAUUUAGGGAUUCAAGUACCCUUUCAUUUCUCCAAUACGGAUAGGAUAUGAACCUAACCUGUCAAUAAUCAGGUAAGAUGGGUUAAGUUACAAGGAGGUUGAAUAGGCUUAGAGCAUAGUUAUUUCUUGUUCUAUUGAAGGGAGUUAUCAACAUUUUGAUUCAUUUUACAAUAAUAAAUAUGAACUCCUUUGAACUCUUUUCAA